AUGGAAACGUGUGUAUUACUACCGCAAGAGUUUGCGCUCGUCGUAACAUCUGUUGUCGGCGGAAAGAAAGCCCGAGACCCAAUGGUAUCGGUAUGGAGUACAAGCAAAAUUCCACAAGGCACAUUAUGUUAUCCGUUUCAAGGCACAGUUCGCAUCGACAAAUUAGACGUUUAUUCAUAUGUGGAUGAUGAUGAUGUUCGUUACCGUUUUGGGCUUUAUGACGAAAUUUCCUACACAAAUGGGCGCAAAGUGCGACACUGUAAUUGGGUGCGUUUCUUAAAAGUCUCCGACACGUACGGGCCACAAGUGAAUUUGGUUUGUACGAAAAUCAAGGGAGAGCCUGUGUACGAAGUUGUGAAGCCAAUUAUGCCGCAUCAGGAGUUGAUCGUGUAUUAUUUGCCCGAAAGACCGGAGGAAUUGUUCUUUGUGCGCAUGCGCAAUACUCUUUAUCGACAAACUAUGGAUUCAAUUCUUGAAGACUCUCCUCUUGAUCUCUCGAUGUCCCUCUUGUCACGCAUAAUGUUGCCGAUUUCUCCUCCGUCGAGCGGCGAAGACGAACACAAAUCAAUUUCGGGUGAUUCUUUGCACUCAUCGGGCGGAAGCAGUACCGGAGACUUGAUGGAUACGACAAUUUCUUUACCAAAAUCAUCCCCGAAGGCGAGACCAACACGUGGCGAAAGAGCAAUGUUGCCCUGCGAAGUUUGUGGAAAGGCAUUCGAUCGCCCGAGUUUGUUGAAACGUCACAUGAGAACACACACAGGUGAAAAGCCUCACGUUUGUACGGUUUGCGGAAAAGGAUUCAGUACUUCAAGCAGUUUGAAUACCCAUCGGAGGAUCCAUAGCGGCGAAAAACCCCAUCAAUGUCAAGUCUGUGGCAAACGAUUCACCGCCAGCUCCAAUCUCUAUUAUCAUCGAAUGACACACAUCAAGGAAAAACCCCACAAAUGCAGUCUCUGCUCAAAAUCCUUCCCAACGCCCGGCGACUUGAAAUCUCACAUGUACGUGCAUUCCGGUAGUUGGCCUUUCAAAUGUCACAUUUGCAGCCGAGGAUUCUCGAAACACACAAACUUGAAGAAUCAUCUCUUCUUGCAUACAGGUGAUAAGCCACACGCCUGCGAAUUGUGUAACAAAAAGUUCGCGUUAGCAUGUAAUCUGAGGGCUCACAUGAAAACGCACGAAGGCGAUCCUCAAGAAGAAUGCGUUCGUUGCGGAAGUCAAUAUCUUGCCUCAUCAAACGAACUCCGUCAAGGUUACUGCGCGAAAUGUCUUUCCGGUUCAUUCCGAUCCAGCGGUUCAGAAGGCUCAGACGAUGAUUCACAGGGAUCUCGACCGAUAAGUAACUGAAUUUGACUUUUUUGUAAAAAUUCAAACAAGAG